AUGUUUUCUUCAACCGUGAUUUAUUUUCUCUAUCUUCCUUUACUUCUAGCGUCCAACGUGCAAGCAUUCAACACGAUCCACACAAAUUGCACGCUCCCUCCGCAACACGCCAACUUUGUGACAGCCCCGAACACCCGUGGCACAUUGCAAAUCCUUUGGUCGUCCCUAUUCACCAUUCUCGCCUGCACUUGGACAGUGCUUCAUCUCAACGUCCCUGAGUAUGCACCGAAACCGGAAAUAAAGGACUUCAGAAAAUGGCUCAAAUGGAUGGUGGACAAAUAUCAACAUCCGACAAAGUGGUUCCUCCUUACUGUGUUUGCACCCGAAAUUCCUUUCGCCAAAUACUGGGAUGAUCAGGUCCGGGGGCAUUCUCUGUUUUACCACUAUGAAGCAGUUUUCAGGAAGAGGAACUGGACGAGGACUCAUGUCCUCUUCGCUAAUAUGGGAGGGUUUGCGCUGCGGUGCACUGCCGAUUCCGAGGAGGGUGGACCCGUUUCGAAGAACGAGAAAGCGACUACGGAAGAUCAAGACGACCACCAGACCAGUACGAGCCCCCUUGUAGAAGACGCUAUCUCUCUGACGGGCGGGCCGAGCACGUUGAAAUCAAUAGCUUCGGCGUCCUGCUGCGAGAAGCCAGAAAAGCAGAUACAAUCUACACUCAUCGGGGAUCCCGCGAAAAAGUUCGAAGAAGUCUUCUAUCUAACAGCCGUCGAAGCCUUAAAACUUCUUUACAAUGAAGAAAAAUCUAUACCAGGGCUAGAAAAUGUAUCGGAGGAGGAAAUCAAUGCUCGUUCGAAAUCGGAUAUGUUCAUGCGGCUCCUUGCCGUGGGUCAAAUUGUCUGGGUAGUUAUUCAAAUCUUAUCACGGUGGGCCUAUGGCCUGGCCGUGACCCAGCUGGAGGUUACUGUUGUUGCUUUUGCGUUCUGUGCGGUGGGAAUGUACAUCGUUAACCAUGGGAAGCCUAAAGGAGUUGAGCUGCCGCUUCUCUUCGAUUAUCCUGGGACCAAGAAAGCGCUGCGAAGAGAACUGGAAAAAUUCAAUUUCCCUGACCAUGGAGGGAAACACAGCAAGUGGAAGUUUUACAAAUGCAAGUAUUGCACGAAAGAGAAAAUCCAAAGCGACGGCGGUACCAGCAAAGACAACAAAAGAAGCAGCGACGGAAAUGACAAGAACCAUGAACCCGCAAACAAUAACGAUUCAACCGAGGCUAAAUCAGAGACCAUUUCUUUGGAUACAUUCACAGCAAUUGUACAAUGGGUACGAACAACGCUCGAGUCUAGCCGGGACCCGGGUGAUCCAAUUGGAAAUGGUUUCAUUGACGAGUCAGAAGAUCCGAGCAAGUUGAGCAAUGUCCUCACUGACUUGUGGAUGUUCAUCGGCAGUAUGAUAUUUGGGGGCAUUCAUCUCAUAGCCUGGGAUUUUCAAUUUCCCACCACAGUGGAGAAAUAUCUCUGGUGGGCGGCGUCAUUGUGGUGUACUGCUUGUGUACUGAUUAGCACAUUGCUUUACUUUGUGAUCCUCGUACUAUCUGGAAUUAUGGAGGUCGUGAAUGAAGCGAUCAAGCAUGACAACUCUUCGACCCCCGAGGAUGCCAAGCCCGACGACCCAGCCGGACAGGCCCCAACGGUCUCGAGCACCAGCCCCAACCAAGUCCAAGCAAACCCUAACACAGAGCUUGAUACCGAACUCAGUCCAGGUCCAAAGGAAAUCCCUAGUUUGGAGGCCGAACAACCAGCGCCCCCGCCCGAGGAUUCACAGAGAGAUAUAGAAUCGCAGGAUUCACCGCCACGGCGCCCGGAGACGAUCAAGGUACUUGUGGAUCUUGCGUAUGUAGUACUAGCUCUUUUUCGUUUGUGCUAUGUUUUCUUAUCGAUUUUUCUUCUCAUAUUGCUUAUGCUCUUGGGGGUUAUUGGUAUGCUUGCCUACAUUGUGGCAAGAUUGUUCAUUGUUGUUGAGAUGUUUAGGACAUUGGCCUUUCUUCCGCCGGACGCUUAUAUUGCUACUUGGUCAUCGGAAAUUCCUAAUAUUGGUUGA